GCUCGCUUGUGCCUCGUCGUUUCGUCCUUCAGUCUCGCGCAAUCGGUCCGGUCUCGCGUGGAAUCUUUAGGUGCAGUUUUUGCAAGUAGAUUUUCGGUAAAUUUAUUGCAUCAACAGCUUCCCGGUUUCCUAGAAAGAAGUGCAACCACGCUCGCAAUGACCAUCAGUAGUUUUCUGCGGGUUCGCGCCUCUCUGGCCACGGCCAAGUGCGUUCUUGAGAAUGCUAAACAAUCGUUCUCGAGUCACGCGGCUUUUGCCGAGCACGCAAAGCUGGAGAGAAUCCGGAACAUUGGCAUUUCGGCGCAUAUCGACAGCGGGAAGACGACGCUGACCGAGCGCAUCCUGUUCUACACCGGUCGCAUCAAACAGAUGCACGAAGUCAAGGGGAAGGACAAUGUGGGAGCCACCAUGGAUUCGAUGGAGCUGGAACGACAGCGCGGGAUUACGAUCCAAUCGGCUGCCACCUACACGAUGUGGAAGGGCCACAAUAUCAACAUUAUCGAUACGCCCGGUCAUGUGGAUUUCACUGUGGAGGUGGAGCGCGCUCUGCGAGUGCUGGAUGGCGCCAUUCUGGUCCUGUGCAGUGUGGGAGGCGUGCAGAGCCAGACGUUGACCGUCAAUCGGCAGAUGAAAAGGUACAAUGUCCCUUGUUUGGCCUUCAUCAACAAGCUGGACCGUACGGGAGCCAAUCCCUACCGGGUUCUGGGUCAGAUGCGUUCGAAGCUCAAUCACAAUGCCGCCUUCAUUCAGCUCCCGAUCGGAGUGGAAAACAACUGCAAAGGAAUAGUUGACCUGGUUAAACAGAAGGCUCUGUACUUCGAGGACCAGUUGGGGCUGACCGUGCGGGAGGAUGAGAUUCCACAGGAUAUGAGAACGGAAAGUGACGAGCGUCGCCAUGAGCUGAUUGAGCACCUAUCGAAUGUGGACGAAUCCAUUGGGGAGCUGUUUUUGGAGGAGAAAACGCCCUCAGAGCAGGAUAUUAUGGCCGCGAUUCGCAGGACGGCUUUGAAGAGGACUUUUACUCCAGUUUUGGUUGGAACGGCCUUGAAGAACAAAGGAGUACAACCACUCUUGGACGCGGUUCUGAACUAUUUGCCUCAUCCUGGCGAAGUCGAGAAUAUUGCCCUGAUUGAAAAGAAGGGCCAGGAACCACAGCAGAUUGUGCUAGAUCCUGCUCGUGAUGGUAAAAGUCCAUUUGUGGGGUUGGCAUUCAAACUGGAGGCGGGACGGUUUGGUCAACUGACUUACUUACGUUGUUACCAAGGCGUGCUGAAGAAGGGAGACAGCAUUUUCAACGUCCGAUCGGGUAAGAAGGUCCGAUUGGCUCGCCUUGUUCGGUUGCACUCGAACAACAUGGAGGACGUUAAUGAGGUCUACGCCGGGGACAUUUUCGCCUUGUUUGGCGUGGACUGUGCCAGCGGUGAUACCUUCGUGACUAAUCCGGAUUUGGAACUGUCCAUGGAAUCUAUUUUCGUACCGGAUCCUGUGGUUUCGAUGGCCAUCAAACCGGCCAACAACAAGGAUCGAGACAACUUCUCCAAGGCGGUUGCCCGAUUCACUAAAGAGGAUCCGACCUUCCGGUUCGCGUAUGAUAGCGAUGUUAAAGAAACGCUCGUUUCCGGAAUGGGUGAACUCCAUCUGGAAAUCUACGCCCAACGAAUGGAACGCGAGUACAACUGUCCCGUAAUUCUGGGCAAGCCAAAGGUUGCCUUCCGUGAGACGCUAGUAGCUCCUUGUGAAUUCGACUACCUCCACAAGAAGCAGUCCGGUGGUCAAGGUCAGUAUGGUCGGGUGACGGGCAUUCUGGAACCGCUUCCACCUCAUCAGAACACAACCAUCGAAUUCACCGAUGAAACCAUUGGUACUAACGUUCCGAAGCAGUUUGUUCCCGCCAUAGAAAAGGGUUUCCGCCAGAUGGCCGAAAAGGGUCUGCUGUCGGGCCACAAACUGUCCGGUAUCAAGUUCCGCCUGCAGGACGGUGCUCAUCACAUUGUAGAUUCUUCGGAAUUGGCGUUCAUGUUGGCCUCGCAGGGUGCCAUCAAGAGCGUAUUCGAGAACGGAAGCUGGCAAAUCCUAGAACCGAUCAUGUUGGUCGAAGUCACGGCACCGGAAGAGUUCCAGGGUACGGUUAUCGGGCAGCUGAACAAACGACACGGUAUCAUCACUGGAACCGAAGGGUCGGAAGGAUGGUUCACGGUGUACGCCGAGGUCCCCCUGAACGAUAUGUUUGGCUAUGCUGGUGAGCUGAGGUCUAGCACACAGGGCAAGGGCGAGUUCAGUAUGGAGUACAGUCGGUAUUCGCCGUGCAAACCGGACGUGCAGGAGAAGCUGAUGCAAGAUUACCAGAUUGCGCAGGGUAAUGUGGUGGUGGACGCCAAGAAGCAGCAGAAGAAGAAAAAUUGAGAGAUUUUUCGUUUGGAUGGCAUGACGAAAAGCGGGUGUUGAUCUGUACAUACUAGGAUUAAUUGAAACUAUGUUACAUUCAAGAUAGGCUAACCAAUUGGAACCAAUGAGUAAAAGAUUUAUAAUUCCGAAAAA